AUGACUUCGGCUAAACAGUACAUAUUCAUUUCGAGGGUUUUGUUCAUCUAUGAGGUGGCCAAGCGCAAAGCAGGCAAGGCUCAGAUCCUUCGAAUUUCUCCUAGUGAUUGGGAUGUUGAAGCUGACAUUUGUUGCUUUGCAGCUGAUGUCAUGGAGUCAAUGAGGGUGGCUCGGGAUGAAAACAACAUGCAGAUCUUUGCAACAGACCUUCUGACGACAUUGUUGAACAACUUCCUUGAGGGGGACUACCACGAAGAGUUCAAGCCGAUUGUGGAGUGCCGAGACCCCAUGUAUAAGCCUCACCAUACCACCCUAUGGACAGAGAACGUGACCAAGAAUGGCAACACACCAGGAAACCAACUGAUCCAAGCUGAUCAAAAAAUUGAAACCAUUCAGGUGACCCAGAACAAGCUCCAAUUCGACGCUGACGCCUUGACGCUUGCACGAGACGCUUCUCUGCUGGCAAACCUGUACAAGCAGCAGAUGAAAAGCGAGCGGGCUCAAAGGCUUGCGAAGGUCAUGCAUAUCAAGCAGCAGAACCAGAUUGGGUCAGGGAUUGUUGUUCAAUACAUGGAAAAGAACAGCAAGCAUGUGUCUGGCCCAAUGCUUGAUCUUGCAUUAGCGCUCGACAAGGCCAUUGACUGCGCAGUGCGAGAUGAUUCUGCUAUGGUGGUUUGGGUCGACUACAUGAAAUAUGGGGUGCUGAGCAAGGAUGAACUCAACAACACAGUUUCGUUGGUCCACAAGGCCCUCAGUCGCCUUCCCGAUGCAGCUGUUGGGUUCGUCAUUGGGCCCAAUUGUUCAUCUGACCGGCGGGGCGGCAUGCGAGAAGAGCUUAGGGAUGGCAAUGUCUGGUGGCAGUCUCAGCUUCAGCAAGACAAGGCGCUGUCAGUGCCUCAAGAGCAAGCUCAACUUCUUUGUGGCAAGGACCUCCCAGAGAGAUUGCUGGCAGCUUUGCUGACAGGCACCAAGGUUGGGAAGUCGGUCAUGGUGGUCAACCUGUCUCCCUAUGAUGCCUGGUUAGAGCGUGCUUGCAUGGAAUGGUCAAUUGGGAAUCCUGAUCGCGAGAUCAAAUCUCUCAGCCUGGGCUUCAGCUUAGCUACAGUCUCCUACUCGGAGAAACUAUGUGCCAUGCAUCUCUUGGAGGUCCGAGCUCUUCAUCUCAGUGAUCCUUUGAAUGCCCCAGCCUGGAAGGAUCUCAUCACGGACUUUGACAAGAAGUUUUGUGGGAACAUGGUCACCCAAUCGACAGCCCUGGUGGCAUCAGAGGAGGAUGGGGAUGAGGUGAGUAAGGAACCUGAGCCCUGGGUGUCAGAGCCAAAGUUGCUGUCUGCCUUGAUGGAUGAGUACAUCAUCGAAAACAAGUUCCCAGGGCGUGCCCCUGGCACAUCAUUGUAUGUUGUUCAGGCACGCAAAAGGAAUGGAGAAACCACUGAAUGCUUGGAAGGGCAACACUUGAAGCUUUUCCUGGUUGCACACCAGGAUGUCGACGUUGACGACAACCAAUUCCAGAUUUGCCAUGGUAAGAGCACUUUCUUGAAACCAGAGAAGGUGGCCAAGAUGCAACGUGAACAUACUGGAUCAGGCUAG